AUGGAGCGGCCGUGCGAGCUGAAAAACUUGGAGAAGCCGUUGUUAGUUAGGAAAGUCGGCUCGGUCAAGAAAAUAGAAGGCCCGGUGACUCGGAAAAAGAGCGCCGAAAUUCGUUUGAAAAAGCAGCAUGUGACCGAGGACGAAAUUCCACGGAUUACAGAGACGAAUAUGGAAAGCGGUUGCACUAGACGCUCCGUACGAGAAACUCGUGGGAUUAGCAUGACACCGAUUCGCUUGACGGAUAGGACACCUUCAACGCCCAUCGUUUAUUUGCCACAAAAUAUCGGCAUCGCCAACCCCAAUUCGCCGAUUUCCGCUCUGCUCUACUCGGACGUGAACAAUUUAACCGGAAGUGCGCGAAACGUUUCCACCGAUCCAUUGGAGAUCCGCAUCUACUUCCCGGAUCAACAAGGAAUCCGCUUCGAUGUCUCGAACGGACGCCAAGCAGACGCCAAGUUUCUGCUGGAUGUAACUGCCGACGAAAUCGACUUAAACUGCGAAAUCGCUAGGCAGGCAUUUGCGCUAUGGAUGGUUAGCCCCUUGCUCGAAGUACAACUGAAGCCUACGCACCCUCCAUACGAAGUUCGGCGCCAAUGGGCCAAUUUUCUCAAGAAGUAUACUAUGGCUGAUGAUGACGAGAUUCUGCAAGAUGAACCGAUGUUGAUGAUGCGUCGUAAUGUGACGCUUUCAUUGGGAAUGGAACGAAAUAUUUGUAUGGAAAGCCCGCUGGCAUGCAGGCUUCUUUUCGAAGAUGCUCGAAACCAGUUCAUCCAAGGGCGAUAUGCAUUUGAUGAAUGCAAGAUAGCUGCCGAAAUGGCUGGGCUUUCAAUGGCAGCUGUAUUUGGUACCUAUCCUGAAGAAUUGGCCACUUUAAGGAAUGAGCUAUCCGAACACCUUCCUGAGCGUCACCUCAGCUCGGUACGCGGCCCAUUGGUGUUUGGGAGAGCACUCUCCGGCACUAAAGAAUUAGAAGAAACCGUUCAAAGAAUGUGGCGAGAAAAUGGAGGGGACCAAUUGAUCGCUAUGCGCAACUAUCUUGCCAGAGCUUCCCAAUCGCCAUGUUAUGGCUGCGCUUUCUUUUCCGGCUACAUCGAGCGCCCGAACUUGACCAUCAAACAACUUUUCCGUCAGAACUGGUUCACCUCUUCAAACCCCAGCGACAUCAAGGUACGGAUUGGUGUCAACAUGGAAUGGGUUAGCGUGACCGAACAGGCGAAGGGAGAGCUACUCCUAGCCCAACCGAUCGACGCUUGCUCCUGGAGUCGGAUAGAGCCAAACGAACAAAGCGACUCCGAAGGCGAAACAUCUUUGCUGCUCCAUUUCCCAGAAAAUUUCGAGGAAAGCUGUAGUAGUGAUGAGGGAACUGGCGACGUAAGGAGGCCAAAGAAGAAAGUUACGAGAACAAAUGAUCAACGCCCACAGGAAACGAAAAUAUUGCAGAUUUUUGGUCCGCAAGCGGUAAUGAUUGAUGCACUGUUGAAUACGAUGAAAGCACGGGCUAAGCAGACAGAUCUCAAGAGUAAUAAUAUGACAUCAUCCCCUGAUGAUGGGAUUCACAAUGAGAGUUAUGAACCGUCGUCAGCCAGUUCAAACGACAGCAGCACGUCGCCUACAAAAAGGCCUGUAAAGCGGCAACCUAGCCUCACCAAGGUUCAUAAAAUGUGCCUGGCAACGUUCGACGCCCACGGAAAAUUCCUGCGAGCGCAAGGAAGCUUGAAAAAGGUGCUGGCGAAU